AUUGCAAUUUGCAAACAGGGGAGAGCUAAGCCCUAACUACAAAGUACAAACAAAACACGAUUUGUAGAGUUGUGUUUGUGACUCAUAUGUUCUACUCCUUCACUUCACUUUUCAACUUCCCCCAACAAUCAAUCAGAUACAUCACUUUUAAUGGCUCAACCACCUCUCUCUUCUCAAACGCCUCCUUCUAUCCCUAAUUCUUCUUCUUCUUCUUCUUCAACUCCUGCAUCAUCACCGGCGCCACCACUCUCUUACGCCGUUAAUCAAAAUAUCAACGCUUCUGGGAAUUCUCACCAGCCUCCGUCUCAUUCUGGAAUGAAGCCCAAUUCGGCUGCCAAUCCUCCUAUUCAUAAUCUCCCUCCGCAUGCUGGUGCUCCUUCAUUUUCAUAUAAUUUUCCUCAGAGUGCCGCCGCUUUUGCUGCCAACCAACAUGCACAACCUAACACUAACAUGUCGGAUUCCGUUACACUAGAUUUUAGUAAAGUGUCAUCUGCAUCAAACAACCAACAUCCUGCUGCUGCUCCUACUUCUAUAUCCUCAAUGCCACCGCCCUCUGACCCUAACUAUCGCCCAACUACUUCAUGGAUGCCAACUGCCCCAACUUUUCCUGUCCAUCCUGUAAUGCCUGGAACUCCUGGUCCCCCUGGAUUAGCAAAACCUGUGAUAAUACCCAAUCCAGCUGCUCAAUCUGCAAACACAGAUUUUUCCUCAGCUGCAGUACUGAGGCAAAAUAUGCCAACUGCAGCCAUUGCAUCAGAUCCUAAUGCCCCACAUAGAGGCUUACCCUAUCCACCCAUACCUUCCAUGGUUGCUCCACCUCAGGGAUAUUGGUUACAGCCUCCGCAGAUGGGUGGUGCACUUAGGCCACCAUUUAAUCAAUAUCCUCCUGCUUUUCCUGGCCCCUUUCCAUUUCCAGCACGUGGUGUUGCUCUCCCUGCUGUUCCAGUACCUGAUUCUCAGCCUCCUGGUGUUACUCCUGUGGGUGCUGCCAGCAUUUCUGUACCUUCUGCUCCCGGUCAUCUGCUAAGAGGAACAUCUGGCAUGCAGACAGAAGUAAUUUCAGCACAUACUGAUGACAAGCACAAAUUAAACACCACUGUGACACAGAAUGAGGAUGCUUCUAAUCAACUAGAUGCUUGGACUGCUCACAAGAGUGAAGCAGGGAUUGUAUACUAUUAUAAUGCUUUGACAGGGAAAUCCACAUAUGAUAAACCUCCUGGCUUUAAAGCGGAGGCACACCAAGUUUCUGUGCAGCCGACUCCAGUUUCAAUGGUAGAUUUUCCUGGUACUGAUUGGCAGUUGGUCUCUACUAGUGAUGGAAAAAAAUAUUACUAUAACAACCGAACCAAGACAAGCUGCUGGCAAAUUCCAAAUGAGGUGGCUGAAUUGAAAAAAAAGCAGGAUGGUGAUGUUACAAAAGACCAUUUAAUGCCAGUUCCAAAUACUAAUGUAUUGUCGGAUAAAGGGUCUGGAAUGGUUACUCUGAAUGCUCCCGCUAUUACUACUGGUGGUCGUGAUGCUGCAGCUCCUAAACCCUCUAUAGUACAGAGCUCACCAUCAGCAUUGGAUUUGAUCAAGAAGAAGUUGCAGGAAUACGGAGCACCUGUUACAUCCUCUUCUAUUCCUACACUAUCAGUGCUACCAGGAUCUGAAUCAAAUGGUUCAAAAGCAACCGACUCUACAGCUAAGAGCCUGCAAAAUGACAAUAGCAAAGAUAAACCAAAAGAUGCUAAUGGUGAUGCUAAUCUCACUGAUACAUCUUCAGAUUCAGAAGAUGAGGAUAGUGGGCCUUCAAAGGAGGAGUGCAUAAAUCAAUUUAAGGAGAUGCUUAAGGAACGAGGUGUGGCACCAUUCUCAAAGUGGGAGAAAGAACUACCAAAGAUAGUAUUUGAUCCCCGUUUUAAGGCUAUCCCUAGUUAUUCUGCUAGGAGAACCUUGUUUGAACAUUAUGUUAAAAAUCGUGCGGAAGAAGAACGCAAAGAAAAACGCGCUGCACAAAAGGCUGCAGUUGAGGGGUUUAGGCAGUUAUUGGAUGAAGCCUCAGAGGAUAUUAAUGACCACACUGAUUAUCACACUUUUCGAAAGACCUGGGGAAACGAUCCACGGUUUGAGGCAUUGGACCGCAAGGAACGAGAGCACCUUCUAAACGAAAGAGUGCUUCCUUUGAAGAAAGCCACUGAAGAAAAAGCUCAAGCAGUUCGUGAUGCUGCUGCUGCUGGUUUUAAGUCACUGCUUAAAGAACAAGGAGAUAUAACUUUUAACUCCCGUUGGUCCAGGGUUAAAGAGAGUUUAAGAGAUGACCCGAGAUAUAAAUCUGUGAAACAUGAGGAUAGGGAACUUUUGUUCAAUGAGUAUAUAUCCGAGUUGAAAGCUGCUGAACAUGCAGCAGAGCGAGAGACUAGAGCUAAAAGGGAGGAGCAGGAGAAGCUGCGGGAGAGGGAGCGGGAGCUGCGUAAAAGGAAGGAAAGAGAAGAACAUGAAAUGGAACGGGUACGAAUAAAAAUUCGAAGGAAGGAGGCAGUUACUUCCUUUCAAGCUUUACUUGUGGAGAGAAUCAAAGACCCUACGGCAUCAUGGACAGAAUCAAAGCCUAAACUAGAAAAAGAUCCUCAAGGACGUGCAACCAAUUCUGAUCUUGAUUCAGCUGACAUGGAAAAACUCUUCCGCGAUCAUGUAAAGAUGCUUCAGGAACGUCGUGCUCACGAUUUUAGAGCUCUUCUAGCUGAAAUCUUGACUGCUGAAGCCGCGUCUCAGGAAACUGAUGAUGGGAAAACAGUGCUUAAUUCAUGGUCUACAGCAAAGCGUCUUUUAAAAUCCGAUCCAAGAUAUAACAAGGUUGAAAGCAAAGAUAGAGAAGCCUUGUGGCGCCGUUAUGUAGAGGAUAUGCUUCGGCGGCAAAAGUCAUCUAACGAUUCAAAGGAAGAAAAAUAUACAGAUGCCAGAAGUAGAAAGACUCUAGAAUCAUCCAAACAUCCAUUGGAAUCAGGGAGAUCACAUGAGAGAAGAUAAUUUUGUUUAUAAUUUGUGUGUUGCUAUUUUUCUCAUAAUUUAUAGAUUAGGUUUCUUAACCUUGAAGCCUGAUAUUAGAACAGAAAUAUAUUAAGUUCUAAAUGCUGUAGUAGUAUCACUCUUAUUUUUCAGAUCUCUUUGGGAUGAUAUGAAUAUUGUGUUAUUGUACAAGUAUCAUUAAUAUCCGCAGUGUCCUCCAAUUAUUAAGUUUCAGUCUUUUUUUUCUUAUGAAAAAUUAAUUUUCCCAA